AGAUCUGAGUACAUUGGCAAACGUUGUAACAACUCUUGCUACUAUGGGGAAAAACCCAGAACAGCAGCAGCAACAACAACAACAGCUGGACACUGACUCUACAAGCCACACUACUAAUGGCAACAGUGAGGCUGACUCUGCUGCCAAAGCUGUGGAUGACCUAGCUAAAGCUGUGUCUGCUAAUCAGCAAGAGCAGGAAGCAUUGGAUGAUUCCACUAUGAGUAUAGACACAGACUCAGAUCUUUUAAUUGAUUUUGAAGGCAACAUGCUUACUGAUCAGAACUUUAACUUUACUCUGACAACGCCGUCCCCCAUGCCAGCAUACCUGACUGUUCACUAUAUAUGUGAAACAGCCUCCAGGCUUCUCUUCCUCUCCAUGCACUGGGCGAGGGCCAUACAAGCCUUUCAGAUACUCAAUCAUGAUGUGCAGACCAACUUGGUGCGAACACGAUGGAGUGAGCUGUUCACCUUAGGCCUUGCACAGUGUGCUCAGUCCAUGUGUCUGCCUACUAUUCUGGCGGCCAUAGUGAAUCAUCUACAGACUAGUGUACAACAAGAGAAACUGAAUGCUGACCGCGUACGCCUGGUGUCAGAUCACAUCAUUAAGCUCCAGGAGUAUGUCCAGAGCCUGCAGUCACUAAAAGUGGAUGAAGUAGAAUAUGCUUAUCUAAAAACUAUGGCACUGUUCAGCCCAGAUCACCCUUGUACACCGAAAAAUCAGCUGGAAAAAUUUCAAGAAAAGGCUCAUAGAGAGCUCUUUGAACAUGAGCAGGAACAUUACCCAGAAUGCCCUGAUAGAUUUGCUAAGCUUCUUCUCCGAUUACCAGCCUUGCGCUCUCUCAGCCCCUCCAUAAUGGAAGAGCUCUUUUUUGUUGGGCUUAUCGGCAAUGUACAAAUAGACAGUAUAAUUCCAUAUAUUCUACGAAUGGAAACUUCGGAUUAUAACUUACAAAUGGGACUACAGCCACAAGUAAUUACAACUCAAGAACAGCAAGUUCUGUCAGAAUCACCAUUGCAGAGUGGGGUAGCUGUGUGAGGGUUGCAUAUAUAUACAUGUAUUUUCCUGUUUUAUCCAUACAAUAAUAUGGUCAUUGAGGCCAGAAAGUUACAGUGAGCCACGUGUCACAAAGGCUUAAAGAUCAUGCAUGCUUGGAUUCUACAGUCACACAUUAUUUGCAUUAUUUGUUCAAAUAGUGUUAUGUACUGCAUGCUUGAAUUCUACAGUUACGCAUUAUUUGCUUUAUUUGUUCAAAUAGUGUUAU